UAACUUUCAUUCAUGUGUCGAUUUGAUAUAUCCCUGUGAGCUCGAAAUAAAGGACAUCACAGAGUCGUCCACUUCUGCUUCAUACUUAGAUAUUUUAUUGAAAGUAAACAUUAACGGCAAACUGACAACGCAACUGUAUGACAAACGGGAUGAUUUCAGCUUCUCUAUCUUCAACUUCCCAUAUUUAUGUAGCAAUAUUCCAUUAUCACCUGCAUAUGGUGGUUAUAUAGCUCAACUGAUUCAAUAUGCAAGAGCUUGUUCUGCGUAUAGUCAGUUUUUAAAACGAGGAAAGCUGAUGGUAAAGGGAUUUCAACAGUCUCGAUUAAAGUCAGCAUUUCGCAAAUUCUAUAGUCGUUAUAACGAUCUAGUUCGUCAAUACAACCUAUCAUUGAGUCAAAUGCUGUGUUUGCCCAGCUUUCUAUUUGUAUUGCCUUUAGGAAUUAUGAGAUUGAUCACUGUUCGUUAUCUUCACCUUUUCAUCUUAAAACCCAGAGGUCGAAGUUAUCUUCGCCUUUUAUACAUGCAUACUGUAAAAAUUCUAUGGAACAUAAAUAUGGACAGGAUGGAUCCAUUUACAACAUAUACAAUAUACUACCCACUCAUUUGUCCGCUGAAUAGCUUGCUUAGAUCAAACCAAGUAUGCUCAUACCUUUGUAUUACUUUUUCGGGGGACCAAAUCACAAAGGGUCUACGGAAGGGGCCCUAGCUUUCCUGUUUUUGCUUUUCUGCAGUAAAAUGAUCUUUUGUUUACACGAUGUACAUGUUUUCUGAAUAACUUACAACCUCAAAAAAAAAAAUGAAUGAUUUUCUAGAUUUACGUCAAAUUUCAAGAUAUGCGUCAUAAGGUCAACUGUUGACCUAUUUUUAAUACCACACUACAAUACACUUUGUAAAAUCCGAACGAGGAAGCAUAUCACUUAUCUAUGAAAAUGGCGAGCAGUAACAGCGGCGAUGUAAGCCUGGAAAUGAAUGAUGCUCGAAAUGAAACUUCAGAGGAAGGCCAAGAUACCACACCGAAUAAGAGGCCGACAAGUUUACGUAUGACCUCACAGUCUAGAGACGUUGUUGAUUUCAGACAACCAGUUCCAUCUCAAGACGAAGCUGAUGGAUCACAGCAAACCUCAUCCUCUCGAAAUCCAUUCGCUGACAGACAGAAGUUCGUCCGACGAUUAUGUGACGCCUCCUUGUUGGCCGCCAAUGUUUCACAACUCCGUGCUGUGUUGGAUGGAAGUCCGGCCGAAAACGAUUACUUUUGGCCACUGAUUAUUAUGAUCAGUUUGUCAAUUCUUUUCCACAUUUUGUUCGGAAUUCUAAUGAUUAAGAGGUGGGAAAAAGAAAGGGAGGCAGAAAUGGAACACAGAAAAAAUAGCACCUCCGUUGCAUGCACACCUACUUCGAACGCAAGCGUCUUAACAAAAGAAGCAAAAGGAACUCUGUGCUUUUGUCCGCCAUGUUUGAGCGUAGAAAAAUGCGAUAAAUAUAGCAUGUAUGUCAUGCUUUUGAUCGUCGUUUUCAACGUUGGUAUUGCAGGACUGGGACUAUCGGGACAAACAAAGGUUAAAGAUGAGUAGGGGGACUUGAAUCGCCAAUAUGAUUAUCAUGAGAUUUACGAAACUGAAAUUUAAUAUUGUAGAUUUUAAAUCAUUAAAUUUGCUACCGUCAA